CAUUCAUCUACUAGGUACCACCGCCAACAGUGAUCAGUACAUCUUCCAACGCCCCCUACUAGACACACCAAUCUCAUCGUAGCCGGCCCAGCCAUGGUCCUGAAAACAUCCCACGACCAAUACCCCCCCUUCCCCGAGGGCGUGCGAACCGCACCACUCGUGUCCAUCUCGCUCCCCAAGCUCGAGGCCUUUGACGAGGAUGAGUCGCGCACCUUCUUCCAGGCGUCCAAGGAGCUCGGCUUCUUCUACCUGAGCAUGGAAGGGUCGGCGCUGGGCGAGAAGAUCGUGGCGCAGGCCGAGCAGCUGCACGCCGUGCAGAAGCAGUUUCACGCCCUGCCCAACGACGAGAAGGACCGGUUCGCCAGGGAAAAGCUCGACCCCUUCUUCGGGUACCGCAUCCUGGGCACGCGGGAGAUGGAGGACGGGACGAUCAAGCGGAAUGAGAACUAUAAUAUGCGCAAAGACGAUCUCAUCGGCAACUGCAAACCGCUGCCCUGCCCAGAUCUCAUCAAGCAGCACUGGACCCUGUUGGGCGACUACGCCCGCAACUGCCGCGCCGCCAUCGACCUCAUGUUCACCCACCUGGAGAAGAACCUGGAGCUCCCCAUCGGCACCCUGGCCAAUCUGCACCGCAUUGAGGAGCGAUCGGGCGACCACGUGCGGUUCAACAAGUCGACGCCCGGCAAGUUCGACGAGCAGAAGGCCCGGCUGGGCGAGCACACCGACUUUGGCUCCCUGACCAUCCUCUUCAACUGGAUGAGCGGCCUGCAGAUCCGGCUGCCCGACACCAAGGACUGGGUCUACGUGCGCCCCGUGCCCGGCUCCGCGGUGGUUAACCUGGGCGACGCGCUGGUCAAGUUCACCGCUGGCCUGCUGCGGUCCAACGUCCACCGCGUCGUGCCUCCCCUGCCGCCGCAGGACGGGCGGGACCGGCACAGCCUGGUGUUCUUCUCCCGCCCCGAGGACGCCGUGGUGCUGCGGCGGCUCAAGGGCGGGCUCAUCGACAAGCAGCCCCAGACGCAGAAGGAGGAGAUGGAGUUGACCAGCGAGGAAUGGAUUCUGAGACGGAGCGUGGGCGAUCUCAAGGGCGUCUACACGCACCAGGGCGGCCUGGAGCUGCGGUUUCCCAUGGUAGAAGGCAAGGCCUGAGCAGGGGACGACGAGGGAGACGUUUCUUCUUUGCGUUGGCGAGGUGAUGAUGUAGGAGCCAAGAUACGUGUAGUUUCAGGGAUUAGGGCAAGACGUCAUGGUAGAAAAAGGCACGGGUUGAAUACGCUGCGCUUGCUCAUGAUAUCGAUAUGCCCCUUCGCGCCUUAAGCCGAAAAGGGAUUUGAUCGCGAGGCUUUCGGCCGUGAACAGCAACAACAACGACAACCAACC